AUGGCCUUGCCCGGGGGCCUGGGAUUCAUUCAAGAGAAGAAUGCGACCCUUGAUCUGGUGGAGGGACAGACCGGUCGGCUGAGGGUGAAGGUGGAAGAGAGCUGCUUCGUUGUGGAGAGGGCCUUGCUCGCCAGGCACAGCGACUACUUCCGGGCCCUCUUUCGGUCUGGCAUGCGAGAAAGUGAGCAGGAGGAGCUGCACCUGAAAGGAGGGCUGCACGCACGAGGUUUUCUCAUCGCUCUUGCGGUCUGCCGGCGGGAGAUUCCCACCCUCCGCGACCCGGAGGAGCUGCUCGACGCCGUGGAGUGCGCCGCUUUCCUUCAGGUGCCGUGUUUGAGUCGACAUCUUUGUGAUAUCGUCGAUUCGGACAACUGCCUCUUGCUGUACCGCGCCGCCGACACCUUUGGGGUGGAAAACCUCUUUCGCAGCGCCGCUCUGUUCCUUUGCGACACCUUCGACGACCUCGGGGAAACGGCGCAGGCAACACUCCCCGAAGAUCUGCUGCAGUAUUGUCAGUCGUUAUCCCCCGCAUCUUACGUCGCAAUCGGUACCCACUCUCCUUCAACGGAGCUGCUCCGCGACGCCCACCGGGUCGUGUGCUACCUCGAUGAGAAAGAAGGACAGUGGAAGCAUCUGACGCACCUCCCGACCCUCUGCAGUACUUCCAUGUGUGGUGUCGCGGUGCUGGACAACCUCCUGUACAUUGUCGGGGGAGUUCACGGUUAUGGAAAGGACGCCGUUGACGGCGCCUUCUGCUUUGACCCUGAAUCGGGGGUUUGGACCACGCUCCCGGGACCCCAGCGACCCAGAUAUGAUUUCACCCUGCUGGCGCACGAGGGCCGACUCUACGCCGUUGGAGGCGAGUUCCAGAAAAGGCACAUCACCACCGCAGAGCGUUAUGACCCUCUGAAGGGAGACUGGACCUUUAUACGACAAGCGCCGAGGCCGGUCGCUUCGGCCGCUUGCGCCGUCGCGAGGCAUCGGAUGUUCGUUUGCUUCUGGAAGCCUCCCGAUACCACGGACAUUUACGAGUAUGUGACGCUCGAUGACCAGUGGAAACUGACCACCGCCAUGAUCAGACCUCAGAGUUACGGCCACUGUAUGGUGGCUCACAGGGACAACCUGUACGUCAUGCGCAACGGGCCCUGCGAUGACUUUCUUCGCUGUCUCAUGGAUUGCUACAAUCUCACCACGGCCCAAUGGACAGCCAUGCCGGGGCACUACAUCAACAGCAAGGGGGCGCUGUUCACCGCCAUGAUCAGGGGUGACUCUGCGCUCACGGUGAAACACAUGCUCACGCUAGAGUAUGCCAUCGGCGCACAUGGAUGGAAGCCCCGAAGGCAGAUGAAGGGUUUUCCGAAGAGCGGAUCGCUCCGGACGUGUUUGCUUCGGCUUCCCAAGACAGGGCCGGCGAUACCUCCGGCGGAAGCGCAGAGGAACCGAAAGGAAAUGCCUUUGAAAGACAAGACGGCACGGUCGGUCGAUGACGUGCUGGAGGUCUAAGGUUUUUGGAGGGAACUGGGAUAGGAGUCCUUGAAUCAUUGGCACACGCCAUCUGUUCUCAGGAUUUCAUCGUGUCGAAAAAUCUUCCUUUGGAUUUGUCACGCUUCUGUCAGGCGGGGGUUCUCACACUUUCUCCGACUUCAUCCCAGACCCCCUCGCUCCCCAGACCAGCGUUUGAGGGCAACCUGCAU